AUGGCACAAUUUACAGACUUUCGUCCAGCCACGCCCGAGGUUAAUAGCAACGCAUCUUCCGGUGACGAAUUCUUCUCUGCCAGAGGCUCCCAGGCCUCUAGUAAGCAUUCAACCCCCUCCGCGGUCGAUAUCUCUCCCGGGACGAAGGAUAAUCCUAUCCGUCUCGUAGAUUAUUCGGACUCAGAUCUGUCCUUCAGCUCCUCAGACGAGGACACCACAGAACGAAUUCUUGAAAUCCCCGCUCCACCAACGCGUGACGACGACGGUCGACUCAUCAAAUGGGACAGUCUCGAUGCGGCCUUUGAGGCUUUACAAGCCUUGGCGUCGCCACAUAUCACACCCGUCUCCCUCCUGCCCCACGUGACCUCACGCCGCUUUUGCUCAGGCCGGCUCGCGCCCGGCUCAAUUUCGGCUCAGGGCCGGCUGGGCCAGCUCACCCUGUUCUGGUUGAGGCACGUGCGCGCCAAGCCAAAAGCAAAGAAUUGA